AUGGAAGCCCUGUUCAACUUCUUGCUUCAGGAGGACGCCCCCGGGGAGUCCUUCGACGCCCGGGCCGCGCGGCCCAGCUGCAAGGUCUGCGGGGCUGACGCGUGGCUUCAGUGGGAUGGACAAUACGCUGACUACUGCAGCAGGAGCUGCCGAGACAAGCAGGCUGGUAACCAGGGCCACCUUCCAGCUACAAGGCCCUUUCAACCGCCACAGCGUCGCGCGGGGGGUUCCCGAGGGCAUCCGGACAUGUUAGGAGAGAGGCAAGUGCAGCUGCAGCAGGAGAAAGAAGCCCAGUGGGAACUGCAGUUCUCACCCAGAAACCGAUAUCUCCCUCGGAAGAAGGCGACUAAUCAAGAACGAGACCCCCGGCAGCGGCAGCAGAGAGGAAAGGAUCCUGGGGCUGUUUCUGCUGCUGCCGGAGCAUUUGCAGAGGCUGCAGCAGCAAAGAAAGUAGCCAAAGCCUUGCGGCAGAGAGCUCCACGAAAGGCAUCCCCAAGAAACUCCAUAAGUCCCCGUAUGGAAGGGGGCCCCACCUCAGUAGCUACCACCCCUAGGAGGAUGCCGAGCAUCGGCCCGAGCUGUUCUGAGGAGAGUCCGCCGCUGCAGAGACAGCGCACUGUGGCGCGGUUUGUGGAGCAGGGGGAAGAUGCAGCAGAACUGCAAGCAGCUUUGAAGGAGUAUCAAGAAAAUUUAAGCAGCGAACGGCAUAAGCUCGAAGAAGAGGGCACUGCUGCCGCUGGGCACCAUCGUAGAUGUGCAGCUGCUACUACUGCUGCUGAUGCUGGGCAUCUUCGUAGAUGUGCAUCUGCUACUUCUGCUGCUGAGGCUGCUGCUGAUGCCGAGCCAGCUUCAGACCAGAAACGGAAGGAAACAGAAAGUUCAGUACGGUGGGGGCAGCGGGAACGAGCAAAGUACGAGGAGCAGGUAAAGGCCAUUAAAACUGAAUCGGAGCAGCAGCUGCAACAACACAAGGCACAGCUCGCACCAGAAGUAAAGCGACUCGCAGACGAAGAACUCGACGUCCAAAGGGCCCUGGAGAAAGAGCUGGGGGAGGUCCGCGCUUCACUGCAGCAACUGAAGCAGCAACAGGAGCAGCACCAGCAACAGCACCAAAAACUGCUUCAGGAAGAGCUUCAGGACCACCUUAGGGCUCACCUGCAGCAGGAUCUGGAACAGCAGCUGGAACAAAAGCUCAGAAAGCAGCUGCAGGAGGAAUUGGAGCAGCAAGUCCGUCAGCAACUGCACCGGAAGCCGCGGCAGCUGGCAGGUCCUGACAGCGCCGAAGGGACUGAAGGGAGGAGGUCGAAAGAGCACAUUCUGCGGAAGGAACUUGUGGAGCAACAGCUGCGCCAGGAGAAGCGACUGGAGCAGCAACUCCUGCAGCAGCAGCGACAACAAGAGAAGUUGUUGCAUCAACUGCAGCAACAGGCGCAGACGCUGCAGCACCUGGCUGCUGCAACGGGGACGCGCAGCGAUGUACGAAGACCACAGAGGCCCUGUAGCAGAGGGGAGGAAGAAGAAGUCGAUCAACAGCUGAGAGAUCUGCUGCUUCAGGGCCUCUUCAGCCACUUCAGGGUAGACGAAAGCCAGCAGCAACAGCCGCACCAACACCAGAAGCAACAACAACCACUGACACUAGAAGUGUCUAGUUGGGCGGAGAGGGAGUUGGCUCUACAAGACGCAAAAGCUGCAGCAGCUGCUGCUGCUUCAAAAGAAAAAGGGAGUCCCUUCUGUGGACCGUAUGAGGGCCAGCUUGAGGCCGCCGUUCUUGAGACCAACCUGCAGCUACUAGAGCCCACGCAGCAGCAGCAACCGCAGCAAGGUCUGCGGUUUGGCAGCAAGCUGCAAAUUGUGUUUCGUGUUGCCACGGGGCCAGGUGCAUGGGAGGAAAAGGAGACGUCUUUUUCUGCUGAUGGACGUUGGGGGGAGACAUUUAGCUUCAGGGUGCACUGGCCGUCUGCUGCUGCCGCUGCUGCUUCUGCUGCGCUGUAUGCGCAGCUGUGGGCCACCAUUAACAGCAAUGCCGCCAGCACGGGCCACUGCAACUUCAGCAACCGCUGCUUCUUGGGAGAGGCUGUACUCCCGCUACCCACUUUUACAAGCCCCUGGGAGUACAGAGCCCCCCUGAGGUGGCGCAGCAGCCUAGGAGUUAAAUCACAGCAGCAGCAGUUGCUUCAGCAUGGGAAUCUACUGCUGCGCGUUCAGUUCCAUCCUACCGAUGAGGCCCAUGCCCCUGUGGCUUCAACGAUGAAGCAAGAGGAACGUCAGGCUCUAUUCCCAAGCAGGAAGGCUGGGCGGCUCAGCAAGCCAAGCCGUUGCAAAGGCAGUAACAAGGCCGGCAGCAGCAGCAGUCGCACCAGUCAAAGCACUGAUAGCAGCGGCAGCCGCCGCACUAGUGGUGGCGUCGACGGCCAAAGCGAAAAGCAGCUGCAGCUGGCGAACCUUCCCCUGGAUGUCUCUGAGGAAGACGGUAUGCUGCAACAGAGGCUGCUACAGCAGCUAGAGGAACUUUCGCUUGACUGGCGGCGUGAGCUGAGUGAAGAACAACGGCAACAAAAACACCAUAGGGGGCGCAUCCCCGUUCUUAUUGACGGCCAGUUGCUCCAGGAGCACCUUCAACGGGCUCCCAUGACGGGAGCCCUGUGCACGAACUCUCUAUGCAGCAAUCUGGCCGGGGCGUUCCCUGACUUGUACGGCGAAGAGGAGUUCCGCGUGUGGGGCCUCUGCAACAGCUGCCAGCAGCAGCUGUUCACGACACCUCUUCCAGCAGGAAGACAUGAGGAAUGUGCUUGCAGCGCACUGGUACAGCUGGCCUCUCCGUUUGCUCACUGCUAUAGAGACACCUGUCACCAGCUGGGUGUAGCCCAAGCCCUUGCUAAGGCAGCAGUGCGUCAGGAGCCGCUACCAUUCGCAGAGCUGAGGCUUGACGGGGAUAUCCCAGUAGCGUUUCCUACGCCUGACCGCUUGUGGCCCUCUGCCUUGCAGCUAUUACACGCCCAACGUUUCUCCCUGGUAUGUAUUCAAGAGCGGCUGCGUGUCUGCAGAUGCAGCGGCGAGCUGCUGGCGCUUCUUCAGUCCCCUCUGUUGCAACGAUUCGAAAGGCCGGACUGGCACUCCCGUGCUGCUGCCGCAGUACGCACCUGCCUGCUGCUGUUGCUGCAGCAGCACCCCAAGCUGCAGCUCCUCUUGUCCUCCCUUCGAGGCCGUCGCAUCAGCUAUCCUGAUCCGCUGCAGCUGCGUUUGCUGCGCCGCAUACAGCAGGAGUGUCCGCAGAGCAAAGGAGAGCCCCCUUGCAUUCUUCACCAAACGGAUACAGAAAGCAGUGCGAAGCCCCCCACUCUACCGCAUAACUUUGCGGGGUCGCUGUUGAUGGAUCUGUGUGCAGCUCUGAGUCCCCCAAUUUAUGAGUAG